AUGGCUACGAAUUACGAGCCAAUUUAUGGACUUUCAGAGGACGAGAAUGAAACCAGAGUGCUGCGGGUCAAGGUCAUUGCAGGAAUCGAUCUGGCAAAAAAAGACAUUAUUGGAGCCAGUGACCCGUAUGCAAAGCUGUCCCUCUACGUCGCAGAUGAAAACCGUGAACUUGCCUUAGUUCAGACCAAAACAAUAAAAAAGACACUAAAUCCAAAAUGGAAUGAGGAAUUUUACUUUCGGGUUUGCCCGCAGAAUCACAGACUCCUCUUUGAAGUUUUUGAUGAAAACAGACUGUGCUACGUCAGAACCCAGCAGUUCACUGGAAAAGGUUUGUGGGAGGGGUGUAGAAUUGACAGGGGCAGCGGAGGAAGACUCGGCGAGAGAAUCGGGAAGCACAAACCCCAACUCUAUACUCUACAGCAGAGGUGUCAGAUCUGUUGGGGAAAAAUGGCACAGCGUCUGCGUUUGUACUUUGGCUCUGGACGCAGCAACACAGCCCCGGACAUACUGGAGGAGACCUCAAUGGAACCAGCGAGAGACUGCGAUUCUUCUGCAUCUGCCAAUGCCCAGGAGUCGCCUUCCAAAAACUUUUCAUCCAGGACUGUACAGCUUUGCUCCGAGCCGUCACUUAAGCGCAGUUCCUCUAUGUUUAUCCCCCAACUCUCCACCUCCACAGAACCCCGGCAGACUAAGAGCUCCACCAUGCUCAUCUCCCUACAGCGCUCCAAUGGAUUAAACAAUGGAGAGACCACUGUCCGGAACGACGAUGUCCCACCACCUUCGUACAGCCCUCCAGGUCCUGCGCCUGCUUAUCCUGGACCUCGAAUCCAGGAUGUUCCUCUACACCCGCCUCCGCCAUAUUCUAACCCAGAAUCUAGCUCAUCCUGUUGUUUUAAUGAGCCAAACAUGCCCAAACGAAGAGUCUUUACCAUCGGCCCCAAUGGCUACACCGUCUACAGCAGCACCCAGCCGAGUAUCAGUGUCGGCGGCAUCAGUAUCCAAAGGAAAUCCCCCGAUGGAAACGAUAUCCAUCACGUACGGAUCCUUCCUUACGGAGAAGGAGGCUGGUGCGUUCAACAGCAAAACCAGGAUUAUAAUUCUGCUGCUAAUGGGGAAACGCAGAGGGUCGUUUUUCAGCUUCAGCAAAAACAAAACCUUAAGAGUCAAGGUAACGGCCAAGAACGGCAGCAGCAAAACGGUUCGACCAGUUCUAAAGGAAACCGUAUCGUGCGCUACCCCAAAAUAAGUCUAGAAAGAAGCGCGUCUUAUCCCAAGCUGUAUCAACGCCAGGAAACUUGUGGCGUAAACACAGAGGAAAUAAAUCCAGACACAGAGACUCAGCAAAUGAACAAGGCCAAUGGUUAUGUGUUGAACUUAAGUGCAGACUCGCAGAGAAGCAAUCCUCGUUUCAAGAUUUAUUUCAAUUCUGGAGGUGAUCAAAAUGUCGACAAUGGUUCCUCGCAGAAUAACCACAAGGCUGUAUCCAAGAAUGGGAUUUUCCAUCUCGGACAGACGAGAGAUGAUUUUCUGGGUCAAGUCGAUGUUCCUCUCAGUCAUCUGCCGACGGAGGACCCUGCCAUGGAGCGGCCCUACACCUUCAAAGACUUCCUCUUGCGACCCCGAAGUCACAAGUCCAGGGUGAAGGGUUACCUGCGACUCAAGAUGGCGUACCUUCCGAAACAAGACGGCCACGAGGAGGAGGAGGCGGGAGACAUGCGGGAGGAAGCAGAGGGCUGGGAAGACUCUGCAGACUCCGGUUCACAGAGACCACAACAGCUGCUGCCGCCCUUACCGCCGGGAUGGGAGGAGAAAGUGGACAACCUGGGACGCACCUAUUUUGUCAAUCACAAUAACAGAUCGACGCAGUGGAAGAGGCCCUCCAAUGUUGACGUCAUCUCAGAAACGGAAAGCGACACUCAGCAGCAACAGAUUCACCAAGAGGCUCACAGGGUUUUCCGAUCCCGGCGCCACAUCAGUGAAGACCUGGAGAACGAGCACCUUGAACCCCGAGAGCUGGAUAAUUCAUGGGAGCUGAUAACAGAGGAGGAACCUAAUGAUGUCAUAGCACAGUCCCAGCCCGGCACGUCGUCUUCUGUUUUGACGCCGCAGCAUCCCCCGGCCGCGCUCACCCAGGACCUGUCUGAGGACCUGAACCUGAGGCUGUCUCUUAUCGAUGCAAACGGUGAAGUCCCAGGACCCAGCACUGCUCUGAGCCAGUUGUCAAACAGAUUCCGCUCCGCCAGCAUGACAGAUGGCGUCAGUGACCAGGCACAAGCCCCGCCCCUCAUGCAAAGUUCCCAAUCCAGAAGAAGCAGAGCUCAGACAGUCACAGGUGGCGAGGAGCCCAGGUCUCCCUCCUCCUCCACCGCCUACUCCCUCACCACGCCUGGACUGCCCCCUGGAUGGGAGGAGAGGAAAGACGCCAAAGGAAGAACAUACUUCGUCAACCAUAACAACCGCACCACCACCUGGACCCGGCCCAUUCUACAGCUGACAGAGGACGGAGCCAGCACGUCGGCCGCAGCCUCUGGAGGAGCGUCUGCCCUUCCCGCCGCUUCCAUCCCCUCCUCCUCCUCCUCCAGCUCCUCCAACAACCACCUCCAUGAGCCCCAAGUGCGACGAGCUCGUAGCCUCAGCUCCCCCACUGUUACCCUGUCCACUCCCUUAGAGGGCGCCAGCAAUAAUCCAGUCCGGAGAGCGGUCAAAGACACCUUCUCCAACCCGCAGUCUCCUCAGCCCUCUCCCUACAGCUCGCCCAAGUCUCAGCACAAGACCCAGCAGAGCUUCCUGCCGCCCGGAUGGGAGAUGAGGAUAGCCCCCAAUGGAAGACCGUUCUUCAUCGACCACAACAGCAGAGCCACCACCUGGGACGACCCCAGACUAAAGUAUCCCGUCCAUAUGAGGAAUAAGAACUUGAUGGAACCCGGCGAACUCGGUCCACUUCCACCUGGAUGGGAAGAAAGAAUCCACUCAGACGGUCGCACCUUCUACAUUGACCACAACACAAAGAACACUCAGUGGGAAGACCCGCGCCUGCAGAGUCCAGCCAUCACAGGACCGGCCGUCCCCUACUCCAGAGAAUUCAAGCAAAAAUAUGAUUAUUUUAGGAAGAAGUUAAAGAAACCGACCGACAUCCCGAACCGCUUUGAGAUGAAGCUGCACAGAAACAACAUCUUCGAGGAGUCGUACCGCCGCAUCAUGUCCCUGAAGCGACCGGACAUCCUCAAAGCCCGACUCUGGAUCGAGUUCGAGUCCGAGAAGGGUCUAGACUACGGAGGCGUGGCCCGAGAGUGGUUCUUCCUGUUGUCCAAGGAGAUGUUCAACCCUUACUACGGCCUGUUCGAGUACUCUGCUACGGAUAAUUACACUCUUCAAAUCAACCCCAACUCUGGUCUCUGCAACGAGGAUCAUCUCUCGUACUUCAAGUUCAUCGGGCGUGUGGCUGGGAUGGCCGUGUUCCAUGGAAAGCUGUUAGACGGAUUUUUCAUUCGACCAUUUUACAAGAUGAUGCUUGGAAAACAGAUUUCUCUCAAAGACAUGGAGUCCGUGGACAGUGAAUACUACAAUUCCCUCAAGUGGAUCCUGGAGAAUGAUCCCACAGAGCUGGAUUUAAGGUUCUGUAUCGACGAAGAUAAUUUUGGACAGACGUAUCAAGUCGAUCUGAAGCCCAACGGUUCUGACAUGGUUGUGACCAAUGACAAUAAACAGGAAUAUAUUGACCUCGUGAUCCAGUGGAGAUUUGUGAACCGUGUGCAGAAGCAGAUGAAUGCAUUCCUGGAGGGAUUCACGGAGCUCAUCCUUAUAGAUCUGAUCAAAAUCUUCGAUGAAAAUGAACUGGAGUUGCUCAUGUGUGGUUUGGGCGACGUCGACGUCAACGACUGGAGACAACACUCUGUUUACAAGAACGGCUACUGCCCCAAUCACCCCGUCAUACAAUGGUUUUGGAAGGUGGUGCUGUUGAUGGACGCCGAGAAGAGGAUCCGACUUCUGCAGUUCGUCACCGGAACGUCCCGAGUGCCCAUGAACGGAUUUGCUGAACUUUACGGAUCAAACGGCCCACAGCUGUUCACGAUCGAACAAUGGGGGACACCAGACAAACUGCCCAGAGCUCAUACCUGUUUCAACCGCCUGGAUCUGCCGUCGUACGAGUCGUUCGAAGACCUGAGGGAGAAACUGCUCAUGGCCGUGGAGAACGCCCAGGGCUUCGAGGGCGUGGACUAA